AUGGAAUAUUAAGAAAUAUUGGAUGGUUUUCAAUUAAUAUGCAAUGAAUUAUAGGGUUCUUAGAAUUACAAAAUUGUAAUGGAAUUGUAUAACAGGUCAGCUAAUUUGUAAGAGCUAUUUGAACAUGGGUUGAUAAUAGAGGGUACACAAUAUGAUUUUGAUUUGAUUGAACACAUAGAUAAUACGAAAUUAGCAUUAGACAAAUUUGUUUAGAAUAUUUUGGAUUCAGAUGCUGUGGUUUAAGGACAUAGAAAAAUAACAAGUGCUUUUGCUUCUCUAAAAAAACGAUUGGUUUAGCAGGAAGAGUAAUAAAAAGUGGUAAUGACAAAUUCUCAGGUUAUUGCGCCUAAUCCCAUUUAAUAAUAAACACGCAAUAAAGCUAAAUUAUUUGACACGUAGCCAAAUAGUGAAAAUCUAGAUAGUGAAUUGCAAGAGGAGAUCUUUAACAUUACAAAGAGAAUGAAAGGAAUGGCUGUAGGUCUUUCAGAAUAAUUGAAAUUUGAUAACAAAGUCAUUGAUAAAAUAUUGCAUAAACAAAAUGCAAAUUAGACCAAGUUGAAAUUUGAAGAAAGCAAACUAACCAAUCUUAUGAAAUCCAAAAGUUUAAGUUGCUCCUCACUAUUUUUAAUGCUUACUACAUCCAUAUUUUUGUUCAUCUUUGCCGUCAUCUUCAUUAGAAUUUCAUGA